CUAUUGUCUCCCUUCCAAUUCGAUGCCUUUGUAGCGCUGCUGCCUCGCCGCGUCGUCGCGGGUCCCCGAUUUCCGCUUGCUGCUGCGCUUCCAACACCAUGGACGGCGGGGGAUCCGGCAAUGCCUCCGGCGGCAGCGGCGGCGCAUCGACGUGCUGCUACUACGCGCUCCUCGGCAUCCGCAAGAACGCCUCCGCCACCGACAUACGCGCCGCUUACCGGAGGCUCGCGAUGAAGUGGCACCCGGACCGGUGGGCCAGCGACCCCGGCGCGGCCGGCGAGGCCAAUCAGCGGUUCCAGCGGAUCCAGGAGGCAUACUCCGUUCUGUCGGACAAGGGGAAGAAGGCCAUGUACGACGCCGGGCUCUUCGACCCCCUCGACGACGACGACCAGGAUUUCUCCGACUUCAUGCAGGAGAUGCUGGUGAUGAUGGAUAGCGUGAAAAACGAGAAGCCGGACACGCUGGAGGACCUGCAGAAGAUGCUGGAGGACAUCGUGAAGGGCGACGGCGGGGGCGGGAGCGGCGCAGGCGGGCGGGCGCCGACGGACGGUGCUCGACGGACGCGCGUUGCGCCCUACCCGCAGCCGCAGCGUGCGCGCAGGUGACCGGCGAGCCCGUGUACGAGCGACGUACGCUUCCCUUUUGGCGAAAGGGACCGGACCCCAGCAACGGACGGGAGGCUCUGGAAAAGAAGAAUAAAAAGUUUCACCUUUCUUUUUAGUUUUAGGCCAUCUUCGGAUGGUAAUCUACGCAUCCUUUCAUGUAGCAGUGGUCGAUUGUGUAAGCUGGGGUUUGGGGUUGGGUGGUGGUGGUGGUGGAUACCGGCUGCGCCGCUGCAAUAACUUGCGGACGCGCGGCGGGGACUCUGAUUUUUUUUUAUCUCGGCGACAUUUCGAUUU